GGCUCAAGGAGGGCACGGCCUCCUUGUGGGACAGGGAACACUCAAGAGGCCCCAGGCACUACUUUGGUCCUGAUGGCUCCAGCCCUACACCAGGAAGUGAGCUGUCAUGGACUGCGGCUGCCCCCUUCCGUGUUGCUGGGACACCUUUGUCCCUGUCAACAAAGGCUCUGGGGACUUGGUAGUCGGAGCCUCUGGGGACACAGAGGCAGACAUGGAAAACCUGAGGCGGGAGGCUACCCAGCUCUACGUCCCCUCUGGCACCCUCGAGCGUUACUUCCCGCCCCCCCUGAACAGCAAUGAGUUUGUGGCCCGGAAGGGGCCCCAUUCGGCACCGGCCGUCAAGCAAGCCAUGCGCUGGAAGUUUACGCCCAUGGGAAGGGACGCGGUUGGCCAGGUGUGGUACACCGGCCUGACAAACUCAGCACCACGCGAGGCCUGGUACAUGCUGCCCGCCAAGCUGGACAGCCCAUACCGUGAGGCCCACGCGCGCUGGAACGGCUGCUUCCAGAGGGGCCAGCGCGGCCUGCCUGCUGGCUACACACAGCACCUGCGGGAGACAGCCUUCUGGGACCCCGCGCUGCCCCCACAGUACCUCGCCACGGGCACGCGCUGGGGUUGCGUGCCAUGGAAGGACAGGCACAUCCGUGGCAAGGAGUUCGUGGCAAAAAGGAGCCAGUUCGGGGUGGAGCUGCCCUGGCAGUCCGAAUACGUGCCGAACCUGUCGCCGUCACUGCGGCCGUGCUACACCACGCAGGACUUCACGCAGCGGGCCGUGGAGCGUCGGUACCGGCCCACCGGCCAGCCGCUCGGGGCCAUCACACCCACGUUCUGA